UCACGUGAUGUACCCAAUGUCAUCAAAAACUACGAGCCCACCAAAUUGAGUUAUUUUCGUAUAAAAAUCUAUUGUUUCUGACUUUCUAAUUAAUUUGCAGUAGAUUUUGAUGUAUUGCCGUUAAAUCCCAACAUACACAAUGUAUACUUGAAGUUCCCACUCCCUGAAACCAGCCUCUGUUUCCCCCGAAAUUCUUCAAAACUUGACAAACAUGGCGACUGAAACAGGCACCUCCGAUUACGCCUAUUAUCAGCAGUAUGUCCGCUAAAAGCAGGAAGAAUCCGCAGCAUGAGAAAAUGUUGAAGAAUGCCAAACGGCGAUUCUCAGGGUCCGGCAAGGAGGGAGGUGCCAUGCCUAACUCCACUCACAGUACGGCCGAGAUUGAGGAAGCAAAGGAAGCAAUUAAACGUGAGAUUCGGAAGGAAAUGAAGAUCAAGGAAGGCGCGGAGAAACUCAAGGAGGUCACUACGGAUAAGAAGAGCCUUGCAGACGUGCACACUAUCGUGAAGAAGGCGAAUAACAGAUUACAGCAACUACAGGAGGAGUUGAAUGAAAUCAAUCUCUACCUUCUUGUGUCCAGCAACAGUCCGAACAAAAUAGAGGAUGUGCAAUCCCCCGAUGUACACAAGAGUGGAGGUGGCUCCGGUCAAAAUGAAAAGCCAGACAGAGUUAUGUCCCUGGAAAAACAGCUCAAGAUUGAGUACAAGGUAAAGCAAGGUGCAGAAAACCUUAUUGCCAUGUACAGUACUGGUUCAUCGCGUGACAAAAAACUCCUUGCUGACGCACAACAGAUGCUUGCUGACUCCAAGACAAAAAUUGAAAUUAUUCGCAUGCAGAUAAUAAAAGUGAACCAGGACACUUCUGAAGAUGUUUCCAAUCGAUGUGAGGUGUUAUCUCCCAUAGAGCUUCGAAUAGAAGAACUGCGUCACCACAUUAAGAUAGAGUCAGCCGUCAUAGAGGGGGCAAACAAUGCCAUAAAACUUCUUAAAAAUUCAAAAGCCCCGGAUAAAAAGGCAUUACAAGAGGCACAAGCCAGUUUAUUGGAAAGUAAUCAGAAACUAGAAUUGUUACGAAUAUCCCUUGAAAAACGAAUAAACGAGCUUGGCCCUGGCUCAGCUAAAGUGGACAUGUUAAAACAUGAAUUGGACUCACUAAAUAAUUCUAGCUCAACAUAUAACAAGAAUGACAGUCUUAAACGCACACACAGUAAUUCUCCAUUCGUAAAAGCUGCAGCGUUGACUGGAAAGCUGGAAGUGAGACUGGUUGGGUGUCAGGGACUAUUGGAUGACAUCCCACGACGGAAGGACAGUCUACAGCUGCUUACUUCUAGCCCUGGUGACUCCAAAAGUUUACUCCGAAAGUCAAAGUCCUCCAAGUCCUAUAAUGUCAAGGAAGACAACUCAAAUGAGGUUAUGGCCGUGAUAAAGCUUGACCACCAGCAUGUUGUACAGACAGCCUGGAGACCACAUAGUCAACAGUGCUGGGAUCACCGUGCCAGUAUUGACCUAGAUAGGGGUCGAGAACUAGAGAUCGCCAUCUGUUGGAAGGAUUCACGACAGAUGUGCGCCAUCAAGUUCCUGAGACUAGAGGACUUCCUGGACAACCAGAGACACGGCAUUGCAAUACACCUCGAACCACAGGGAAUACUCUUUGCUGAGAUUACUUUCUUAAACCCCACUUUAUCAAGAAAACCAAAGUUGCAAAGACAAAGACGGAUAUUUCCAAAACAUAAAGGGAAGAACUUUCUUCGCCCCAAAGACAUGAACAUUGAUGUAGCAACAUGGGGUCGGCUGAUUAAGCGACGCUUGCCUCAACAGUGUUCUGAUGGGGCAGGAAUGAGCCCUCAGCCAGUGAUGUCGGGUACGAAUCGUCGUUCUGUGAUACCUGACAACCAUUAUGAGCCUCCUGAAUCCCAGAACCAUUCCAGCCAAAUGAAACCUGCAUCUGCUGUCUCACCGAUGAGACAUGAACAGGAAGUCGAGAGGGCUUUUGAGUUCUUGCCAGAUGAGUCACCCAACAAUGUUGUGGACUUGGACAAGAUUUCCGCACCGAAUAACAUCUCUUCCCGAUCGGGUGCACCCUACAUCCCACCAGCUGAUUACACCAGUCCUCGUGUGCCCUCUCCACCCCCACCCCUCCCAUCAGAUGCCCCACCCUCUAUAUAUGACACUCCGAAGCGGCCACCACAACCUGCCCCUGCUAAGACUGCUGUUAACAUCCCAGAGUUUUCCAAUCAAGCUGUAAAAAUGAGCGAAUUUCGACCAAUAAGUGUUCUAGGUAGAGGCCAUUUUGGAAAGGUGAUACUUUCUGAAUACAAGAGCACUGGGGAAUACUUCGCUCUUAAGGCCCUCAAGAAGGGGGAGAUAAUCGCGAGAGAUGAGGUAGAAAGUCUCAUGUCGGAAAAGCGGAUAUUUGAAGUGAUAAACGCCAUGCGACAUCCGUACCUCGUUAACCUGUUCGCCUGCUUCCAGACUCAGGAACAUGUGAUAUUUGUGAUGGAGUAUGCGUGCGGUGGGGAUCUCAUGAUGCAUAUACACAAUGACGUCUUCUCCGAGCCCAGAACCGUUUUUUAUGCCGGCUGUGUCGUCCUUGGACUGCAGUACCUACAUGAGCAUAAUAUUGUAUACAGAGAUUUAAAGCUUGACAACUUACUUCUGGACACUGAGGGCUACUUGAAGAUUGCAGACUUUGGGUUAUGUAAGGAGGGUAUGGGAUUUGGGGACCGGACAAGUACAUUUUGUGGCACGCCCGAGUUUCUGGCCCCAGAAGUUCUUACGGAACCAUCAUACACACGGGCAGUCGACUGGUGGGGGCUGGGGGUCCUCAUAUUUGAGAUGUUGGUUGGAGAGUCACCGUUCCCGGGUGACGAUGAGGAGGAGGUUUUUGACAGCAUUGUAAACGAGGAAGUGAAAUAUCCCCGUUUCCUAUCAACCGAGGCCAUCGCAAUUAUGAGACGGUUGUUACGGCGGAACCCUGAUAGAAGACUGGGCUCCAGUGAGAGGGAUGCUGAGGAUGUGAAGAAACAGGCCUUCUUCAGGAAUCUUGACUGGAAUGAAUUGUUGAUGCGAAGAGUGAAGCCCCCAUUUGUUCCUACAGUGACUCAUCCAGAGGAUGUCAGUAACUUCGACACUGAGUUCACCCAAGAACAGGCAAUUUUGACCCCGGCAAAAGAUCGCCGCUCUCUCAACAGUGAAGAUCAGGAUAAUUUCAGAGACUUUAACUAUAUUGCAGACUGGUGUUAGCCUCACAGUGGCAUAAUGUAGUGUCUAGUGAUAAAUAUACUGUGCCCAGUCAGCAUUGGUUGACUGGUUAAGUCAACAAUGUUUGACUGGUUAGUGCUUCUGAUUAAAUACACUUAGACUGGUUCUCUUAAAUCUUCUGUAAGAGAAUAAUAAUCAGAUUUCCAUCAUUGGUUGACUGGUUACUGCUUGUGAUUUCCGUAAAAAGUUCUUCAAUAUUAGAGAUAUCUCACUUCCAUGAACCGGUGUUGGCUGGUUACUGCUUGUGAUUAAAAUGUAACACUUAGACUGGUUCUCUAAUAUAAGAGAUAUCUCAAUACCAUAAACCAGUGUUGACUGGUAACAGCUUGUGAGUAAAAAACCCACAUAAGACUGGUUCUGUAAUAUGUAAAAUAACAGACAUUUAUGAGCCUGGAUUGGUGGUGUUAUCAGGAGGGCAUUUGUGUAAAGGAAGGGAGAGUUUAGCUAGUGAAUUUGGUGCAAGUUGUGGUGACGAUAAAGAAUUUCAUUGCACCAGUCUGUAAUACUUUCCAGUAAGUUGGUUAUGUUGAAAUUGUGCAGCAGAGUUACCGAUACAGAAGAACUAAGACGCUCUUUGUAAAAUAUACAUGUACAUGUGCAGUAUGUAUACACUCGGAAGGCAAGUCUAGCACUGAAGAUACCUUUAUAAAAUGCAAGGAAAGGGAAGAUGAUUUGCAAUGUGGAAUGGCGUUUAUUAAGAAUGAUGUUCAAGUGCUAUAUGGAAUAACUCGUAUACCUAGCUUAUGAUACAUACAUGUAUAUCAUCUCAGUAAUGUUUAUUUUUGCUGUUGCAUGCAGUAUGUUAAUGAUGAACUCAAGGGGUUAUUUGUGCUAUCAAUUCUUUAACAUAAUAUGCAGGCUAAGAGUUUGAUUUUCAGUCCUUUUUGAUUAGAGAGUGUAUAAUCGAAUGAAGAUAUAAAAAGUUCAUCCAUUAAGUAUAAAACAAAAAAAGCAUAGUUCUGCCUAUUUUUGUCAGUUUAUAGCACAAAAACAUAUAUAUAUUAAAAUAAAUCUUAUAUAUAUUAAAAUAAAUCUUGAUACUGGAACAAAGAAAAUUGGAAUUUUUAAACAAAAUAUUUAAAUUUCUCAGAACUUCUUACUUUUGGUGACUAUGAAUAACUUAAUCUGUGAUAUUAGAAACUGUUGUCUUGAUGUAUAUAUUUUGUCAUGGUUAGAAAGGCAUCUUGGACUAUACAAAAUGUAUGUACAUUUAAUUUAUAUAUUCUGCUUUAGAAUUUGAAAUUUAUACCGGGACUGUUAUGUAGAUUCAGUAUGUGGAAAAUUGUUAUGAUGAAAAAUGCAUUAUCUCAUGGAAAUGUUUACAAUAUAUUUGAAGUGCAUGAAUUUGAAAUAGGUUAACAGAUUUUGAGGUUUAACUUUCAUAUAUGCAUGUAUCCCACUUGAAUAUUCAGUCAAAACUGUUUGAUAUAUUUAGAGCAUCCUUUAAAAUCAUUGGUAAGCAGUGGUUCAACCAGACUUUUUCAUUGGGCCCGGAAUUUAUUUUAAGAAUGUCUUAUGACUUGACACUUAAAAAAUCGUAGCUGUUAUGGUAUCCGAUGUACUAUGAUGAGAUUUAUGGUUGCCUGGUGAUCCCAUCUUAUUUUGGUUUUAUUUGAAGGGUUAAGAGAGAGAUUUUGUAAAAUUACAAUGAGAAAAUAUUACAAGUAUUUUUAUCUUUUAAAGAGUGUGAAAUAAGUAAUUUCACAUUGCAGUUGAAUUUAAGAGGAAAUAUACAAAUAGCUACCUCUAUAAUGAUCUUAAGAUUGUGUUUUUUAUAUGGUAUUCACUGUAAUCCUUAGACAUUACCCUUUCAUAUUUCACCAAAAUUGCACUUCCUGAAUGGGCCUUGCCCAAGUGCAAGUAUAAAUAAGCUUACACACCACCUUCACCAAAACAAUAUUGGAUCACCAGACAUCAGAAUAUAACAUAACAUUUAUUUUGUAAUCACUGAUGAAAUGAUGAGAACUUUAGUAUAUCAAAUUCCUUGUUAUCUUUUUUUAUAUUUUACUACAUAGAUUUAAUCUGGGCAUUUUCAAAGUCUGCUUGGUCACUGCAAACUACUAUUUGUUUCCGGGGGGCUUUUUGCAUUGGUCAUAUACACUGCCAUUGUAUAUCAACGUGUUUGCUAAUAUGUGUUUGAUGUAUACCAUAUACAUUUGAUCAGGUCAUCUCAUGUAAACAUUGUAUAUAAUCUAAAAUAAAUUAUUGCGAUGUAGGAUGGGGAUCGAUGACUGGUCAUUAUUUUUUAAUGACUGUUUCUUGCCUUACUCUGUUAUGCCAAAAUCAUUGGGAAUCAUUUUUAAGGCGUUUUCUCGUUUAUUGUGGAACUUUCCGCCUUAUUGACAGAAUCGACGUUACUCUUUAUGAAUUGUGAGGACAUGUUUGAAAAUAAAAGACAUUUAAACUUAAAUUGUUCACAAACAUUAAUAGACAACCACAUAGACAUUUUUCACAAAUUGUUAAGGCUGAAUACAAUUUCCAGGAGUAUUUAAUUAUCACAUGCACAGAUCUGAUAUGUAUCUUCUACAAUCUUUUGUGCUUAUUUAGUUUUGACUCAUUGUACGCUAUAAUAUACUUAUUGUAUGUUGACAAAAUCUGUCUUCCCAUUUUAAAGCGAAUAUGUGUCCAAACUUGUCCUUCUUUAUUUGUUGAUAUACGUGGUUGUCAUAGAUACGGUAAGUGAAAUAACUGUUACAGGGAAUUAAAUGUCAUGAGGUUUUGUUUUGGCCAAUUUAACAAGGCUCAAAACAUAUUGAUUACAUUAUUGACAAACAUGGUAAAUAACAAGUUUAUUGGAUAUGAUAUUUCUGAACAAUUGCUAAGGGCUAUUCCAGUGAAACAUAUAACCCACAGGGGGAAGGCAAUUAAUUAAAUAGUAUAUAGGUGGGUGCCCUUUUUCGCUUAUUUGGACCCCAUAAGGUAAAUUUGCCUAUGUAGGGGGGUGGCAUAAUUUAAAAUUGCCUUCCCCCUGGGGGUUAUAUGUUUGAAUGGAAUAGCCCUUAUUUGAAAUCCCUGCCAUAUUUAAUCAAGCACCUGUCUGGGUAUGUGGACAUGCAAGUUCGAAUGUUUUUAUGUCCCAAUUAAUUGUAUACAACAAUGAAAUGGUUGUUGAUUUUGUUGCAAAUUUAAACCUUCAGUUAGAACUUUAUUUUUUUUUUGUUAAUUAUUUAAGAUUAUAAAACUGCUAAUGAAAUAUGCUUUUUUUGAAAGCCUUAAUUUGUUGACUUGUUUACAUAUUUGUUUAAGUAGUUAAUGGAUUUUAGGGGGUAGUUCAGUUAAUAAGUACUUUAUUGCUUUAUAUUUGUUUUCUUAUUGAAUCUUUCUUUGAUGACUGGGGUGUGGCAAUAUUGAUUAGAACUAACUCAUUUAACAGUUUAUUUCCAGUUUUGACAUUAGAACAAACUGUAUUAGAUUACUUUUUUGUGUAUUUUCUUAAGAUAUUAAAUACUGUUUUAUGUUGCUUUAUUAUUUUUGUAACAUUAUUUAAGAGUUGAAAUUAAUUUGAAACAUCUAUUUUGUUGCAGGUGAAUAAACUAUUUUUACAUAGCCCUUUUGUGGUAAUAAAUUAAUUCAAUGUCAUUGCUGUGUGAUAACUGAUACACUGUUUACUGUAUUUUGUUCAAGAUACAUUUUGUUCCGUUGCAAUUUUCCAUACAUGAACAUCUACAUUUACAUGUAUAUUUAUAUUAGUGUGAAAAAGUUUUAUUGAACAAAUGUGCAUGAUUUGUGCUAUAUAAAGCACAAUUGCUAGUGCGCCUGUGUCACAAUAAAGUCUAAGUAUGGCCAUAGCAUUGGUUGUCUCAUCCUCAGCGUCAUUUUGCAUCAUUGUUAUGCAAAUUUUAACCUUCCCAAUAACUCUGAAACUGUUUGAUAUAAUCAAUGAAAAUUGGUACAGAUGUUUCCCAAGACAAUCUGACAUUGAUAGCAAGGCCCAUAACUCUGACUUUAUUACUGUAGUUGUUGAGUUAUGUCCCUUUGACCGAAAAAGAGAAGCAGACAAGCGUUGAUUCCUCUGCGGUGCUCAUUUCAGUAAUACAACUGAAACAGUGGGAGUUUUACAUUGUUUAAUUAAUUUUUACUGUUACAGGAAAAUCUUUUCUUUAGAAAAUAAUUUAGUUCUAGUAUCAUAUUCUUUGCGAUUGUUGGCGAUGACAUAUAAGCUUAAUGUAAUUCCGUCAUCAUUAGAAUGUCUCAUAUAAACCAGUUUUUAUCCACCAUUACAACAAAGGGGCUGGAAUUACCAGUAAUCCAGGUAAUAAGUCAUGUAGUGAAUAACUGAAAGUACUACGGUAAAACCUUUUUACUUUUAAAUGUUUCUUGAGGUCUUUUGGCACAAUCGCCAUGAUAUUCAGUGUUGUCUCCCAGCAAAAUCAUACUUAGUUAAACUGGGGGCUGUGUCAUCAAGAAUUCUUGGGAGUGCUUUCUUAUAUAGGAGAGAUUUUAAACAGUAGUUCUUCACUUUUGAAAAGCUCUCCGAGGUAAAAAUGCACUCCAAGGAGUCUUGUAAAGAUGGCCUCCUAAAUCCACCCAAUGGGUUUUACAUUCUGUACAGCAUUGUUCAAGGAUCUGUAAAUACAUGUAUUUGUUGCCAUUACUUUCAUGAAUUGUAAGAUAGAUUAUAUUUUUCCAUUGUGUACAUACCUAUUUCAUACUGGUUGAUCACAGUAUACAGCUGUAGACUGAUGUAUGAUGAUAAAUAAAAAUAUUAACAGCA